AAUCAUUUCAGUGCAUCCGUUGAAAAUGUAUCAGAAACGAGGACAAAUUUAGCUUAAGAUUUAUUUUGAAAUUUAAGUGACUUUUAAUAUGUAUUUUGGCGGAAGUCGGUGUUCGGUCGCAUGGAUAACGUAUGUUGACCAACACUAAGGAUGUCUGAAAGUGAAAGUCCCAUCAGCCAGGAGGAGGUAUCCUCCCAACAUCAUUCAAAUAGUGAGGAGCAAUGCAAAGCAGAUGGUUCUUCUACUGCUCCUGAACCUGAAACUAAAGGCCUGUCUGCAGCUCAGCAGGAUGUGCUGGAGCGCUGUCUGCACGCGCUCACUCACGCCAAAAACGACAGCCACAUCUUGGCAGCUCUUCUUCUGAUUACUCGAUUGUGUCCAGCCAAUCAGCUUGACAGGGAGACCCUGCAUCGUGUCUUCGAAGCAGUGGGUUUUAACCUCCCUGCACGCCUCCUGGUGACUGCCAUCCGGGGGAGUGAGGGCUCUGGACUUCCCCCUGAGGAGCUCCUCUCUCUGGGCACUGCCUUGUUGGCUGCUCUCAGCACAGACCUGGACAUGGCCACCCAUCCUCAGCUGCUGAGCACCAUCCCUCUCCUCCUGGGCCUGCUGGAAAAUGGAAUAGCAGACAGUCAGAAGCAAACACAGCAUAAUUCUGCAUCUCAAACCAAUAAUUCUGAGGAAUCAUGUCCAAAUGGAAACUCUACAUCAUGUGACACAGACACAGAGCACAACACAGGAGAGGAUGUUCCAGAAAGUUCCUUAGGUGAAGGUGUAGAUGGGGUCCAGCCCCCUGCUUCUAAACUGGAUGAGGCAUUGGCAGCUGACUGCUACCAGGUUCUGAGCACAGUAUGCUCUCUCCCACGUGGCCCUGAUCAGCUGCUGUCUCGUGGUGCUGUACCUGCUCUGUGCAGGGCUGUGUUGAAAAAACAGACUCUCAGCCAUGAGAAAGGUCUUCCACUUUUGGCUCACCUUCUGUCCAGCAAUAUUAGGGAGCGGGUGUGGAGCAAACACCAAUCAGAACUUCUUUCUCUUCUUGCUACCAUCUCCCAGAACUUCAGCCAAGCUCCAAACCAGGAUCGCCUGGACUUGUGCUCUUCUGUACCACAGUUCCUCCCUCCUCCAACAGCAGAGCCUCUGACCAAGGAGCUCCAAGAUUCAGUGUCCAGUCUGUGGGCAUCAUUACGUCCACUGGUCCAAGGUAAACUCAGCAUAGAUCAUCUGGGGCCAGUUCUGGUGCUGUCUGCUUGUUUGCUGGACUUGUGUGGCUGGGAGCCGACUGGAUCCCCAAAGUUCUGCUGUCUGUUGGUAAAUCGGGCAUGUGUGGAAGUGAGGAUGCUUCUGGAGGAGCCACCAGGUACUCAGCUUUCUGCUCAGCAGCAGAACACACUCACUGCCUGUUACCGCAUCAUGGAGGCAGCCAUGGAGCAAGCAUGCACUCAGGGGUCUAAUCCCAGUCCUGCCCAGCCGGAGACAGCCAUUGCUGGGCUGAGUCUGCAGCAGAGCAGGCAGGUCCUUGGAGUUCUGGAGGAGGCUUUCUCUGCUGUUAUUUACUACCUGCAGCAGGUUGACUCAAGCUCAUAUGAUGAUCCCUUCCUCUUUGCCACUUUCCGCUCCCUCUGCGCCUGGCUGGCUGAAGAGACUUCAUGUCUAAAGGAGGAGGUCACUGCCCUUCUGCCUUUUCUCAUUGGCUAUGCCAAACACCACCUGCAGAAGGGAAAAGACAAAGGUCUUGCUGACUGGAUGUCAAAGCUGUCAGUCAGUGAUGGCUCACAGACGGGAACAUGGUCAGGAGAAAAUGCCCUGAGAUAUCUCCUCCCAGCACUCUGCCACUUGUCAGCUGAAGAGGGUCCCAGAAAGGUGCUUCUUUCUCUGGAUACUCCAGCUCUGCUGGUGCACUUUCUUAACCGGGGCUGGGAAGUGCUGAGAACACAGAGUGGGAAAACUGUAAAGAGAGACCCUAGCCUGGAAACGGCCUGCUCUGCCCUUCUCAACUUUGCUGUUACAGAACCAGACAGAGUCAGGACUGAUUCUUGCUUUGCUUCUCUUGAGGCAAUGCUAAGUGAAGCGCUUCCGGUACUCAUUCAUAAGACUCGCCUCCUGGUCCUGGCAGCCAAUUGCUGCACUCUGGGUCUCAUGAUUGGAAGAUUGAAAUCAGCCUCCAAAGGUCCAGUGGAGUCUGGUUCUGGUCCGCGGCGUUUCUUCUCCUGUGCACUCCGGUUCCUGCUGGGGGCGCUGCAGCCAGGUGAGAAAGGGGGGCAGGCACGGCUCAGUCCCGUGUGGGAGCCAUACUGGGACGAGGUGAGCGAGCUGUGGAGGCUCGGGCUGCAGGCUCUGGGCGGCUGUGUGAACGCGCAGCCCUGGAUAACAGCGCUGGCCAGAGAGGACGGCUGGCUGCAGAACACCCUCAGCCUGCUGGAGUCGAGCAGCAGCCUGCCGGACCCCCAUUCCCAACAUGCUCUGGAGGAGGCCCUGUGUGCCUUCGCCCACCAGUGCCCACUCUGUCGACAAGAUAUCAGAAAAUCCACAAAAAGAGAUGGGAGGAGCUCUCUUCACGGCAUGAAGGAGCUGAAGGACUGAGAUCAUGCUACCUGCUUGUUUGCAUGUUGUGCAUCUGUACAUUCAUCUAGCUGUGGUGAUGCUCACAAAAGUGGCGCCAUAAUUAUAAUUAUGCCUCCAUCAGUAAUUUCUAAAAUAUAUAUCUAUAUAAAUAUGGUUCCUGUAGUUAUUUUUCCCAAUCCAGAAAAUUAAAUAAAAAAUAUUUUUGCUUAAAAUGAA